CCAUUGUGGAAGAAAAAUAGCUAUAUUCAAAGUCCGACAAGUACUGUAAACUUCGUCUUACGUUGCCACUUUUCCAGUUUUUACACUUGUAUAAUUCUCCAGCAAUGGCAUUCUACGAAAGUUUUAUGAAGGGAACCGAGCCCGUCAAUACAGCAGCAGCUCUGCCGGCAGCUUAUAAGAAACACCUCGAUCUAGAAAAGAUUGAUUGGCAGCGAUCUGUAGACGACGCUUUUGCAUUUGUUUAUAAUGAUACUGGGCCUGGUAUAUCUUUGGCUUCGGUUCCAACCAGCCAUCGGGAGAAUGAUCCAAUAUUAUGGCGUCGUGCUCGAACUCAAGUAUUCUCACCGCCAAGCGACUUUUACGAGUUCAGACAAAUCCGUUCCGAAGUCGUCCUGACUCGCAUUCGACAAAACUUUAACUUUACAGACAUUACUUUGAGGCGUGUCUCAAACGGACUGUAUAUAGUACACAAGGAACGAGGAACACAUGCAUUCUUCGGAUUGGAUUGUCCAAAAGCUGAGGAAUACAGUGAAGAAAAGUGCAAGCAAAACAAAGAUUGGCCGUGCAACAAAAACCCUUCAGAAAUGGUUUGUCGACUGUUCAAGCCGUACAGCUAUACUGUUGGUUUACGAUACAUAUUACCAUUCGCUGAUAUUAGAGAUAUUCUCAUCUACGCACCAGGUCUGCCUUUAUUUGCCCAAGGAGUAUUCCUUAAAUCCUGCAUAGAAUAUCAAAAAGCACAUGGUGCCUUCAAAGUAGGCAUGCCAUAUACAGGCUUGUUCCCUUUUGCGCCACACGUCAGAGUAUCGUUCAUGGAAUUGCCGGUAGAUCACUUGCUAACAACAAAGGAUCCCUGUCCCUCACUUUUGCUCAUCUACGAAAGAUUCGCUAUGGAAGUACUCUGUGAUCCAGAAUUCCGUUCAGCCGGAAUGGACUCCAAUCCAGCAAAAUGUGGCAUGUUUCCAGCCUUGUGGUGUAAUUCGGAUAGUGAGACUAACCAGCGACUGACCACCUUGGCGGAACAAUGGCGUCAGAACCUUUUGGCGGCCAACGAUAGCUCAAAGUAUGACCUAUCAUUACUACAGUAAUUUGAUACCAUUCAGACAAUAUCUGGUUCGCCGACAGACUGAUCCCUUUGUAACAUACUAUUAUUCUUCCAUAAUGUACACUUUUAUUUUUGAUAAAAACAA